UUGUGCAGCCCAGGACUACCUCCCAGCCCCAGCCUGGCCCCGUCUCUGUUGCCAGCCCCACUGAGCUGGUAACCGGAGCUCCGAUAGCAGCUGCAGCUAUGGUGACACCAUCAAUAAUUGAGUGGCAGCAGGGCUCCACACAGGACUGCCUGCCUCUGCCUGCCUGGAGUGUGGGGACAGGUAGGUUGCCACCCCCAUUGCCCUAUCCUGUCACGGUGGCUGGGCACCCCCAACAGCUCAGGGUGUGGGGAGCAGGGUGUGGGGAGUAGGGUGUGAGGUACAGGAUAUGGGGGAUGGGAGCAGCAAAGCUGGACCAAGGGGGGUGCAAGGGGUUAUGCUGACCAAGGCCCCUCAUGGCAGCACAAUCCCCUGGGAUGCUGGCCCUGUCAACCCCAGUAUCUGGACCCUGGCAGAUGGGUCCCCAGCACUCCCCAGCCCUGGCACAGGGAUCUCCACAGCAUACUGGGGUGCCCCAGCCCUGCAGGCCCAGCAGCACUGGAGCCCAGGGCGAGGUACUUCCAGGGGGUGCACAGCACAGCCAACUCAUGGCAUGACUGGGAGCUGUGAGGCUGGCACCCUGGGAGUACACCCUAGCACAGCAUCCCCUGUGAGGGAAUAGGUUUGCCUCAUUACGGUUUAAGGGCUCACAAUGCUUCAAUGAUCUUUGCAUAGGGGAGAUUUUCAAAGCCUGGGCCCAAGGUUAUGCUACUGAUAGUGGACACAAAGGGUGCAGAACUUCCCAUUUGGCAGAACUCCCAAGAUAAGUACAAAACUAACAAAGUCAACUCAGCAACUGUGCAAAAAGCACAGCCUCACUUCGCUUGUGAUGGUGUCUCCAGCGAUUGCCCUGGCCUUCCUCCCCUUCAUUGUCACCCUGCUGAUCCGGUACCGGCACUACCUGAUGCUGCUGUAUCGGGCAGUGCUGGUGGCCUGGCUGCGGGACCGGCUCACUGGCACCUCGCGGGAGCAGCGUGCCUUCCAGUACCUGCUGGCCCAUGCCAUCCCUGGGGACCCCCACCACAUCCUCCAGACCUUCGAUCAGUGGUGCUACCACUGCGAGCACCUCAGCUGUGUGGGGCCUGACAAAGGGCGGAUCGUGGAGCGGGUGCUGUUGGAGCGGGCACCACUGCGGGUGCUGGAGCUGGGCACAUACUGUGGCUAUGGCACCGUGCUGCUGGCACAGGCGCUGCCCCCAGGAGCCCGCCUCUACACCAUCGAGGGGGACCCCCAACACGCUGCCGUGGCCGAGAAGGUCAUCCGCCUGGCCGGCUUCAGCGAGCAGACGGUGGAGCUGAUCGUGGGCCCCUCGGAGGAGGUGAUACCCCGCCUGCGGGAGAAGCACGGCCUGAUGAAUGCCAACUUGGUCUUCAUGGAUCACUGGAAACGCAGCUACCUGCGGGAUCUGCGGCUGCUGGAGAGCCACCAGCUGCUGGCUGAGGGGGCCACCAUCCUGGCUGAUAAUGUCCUCUUCCCUGGGGCACCCCACUUCCUGCAGUACGCCAAGACCUGCGGCAAGUACCACUGCAAAGUGCACCGCGCCAGCCUGGAGUACUUCCGCGCCAUUCCUGAUGGCAUCGCCGAGCUCCGCUACACCGGUUCCCACUGAGCGGGAGGCGAGCUCCUGCCUUGGGGUGGCCCCAGUCACCGCGGGAGUGCCGGGUCCCCAGCCCCCGCCUUGGCUUCAACAAGGGCUCUGCAGGAAAAGCAGUGGCUGCUGUGGUCUGUGGUGGGGCGCGGUGGGUA